CAUCUGUGUCUGUGCCCACCUUGUCGAAGGAUGUUCGAAAAGCAAGUCGUGAUUGAUUGUCGAGGUCACAUAUUGGGUCGGUUGGCGUCCACGGUUGCUAAGGAGCUGCUGUGCGGCCAGCGCAUCGUUGCAGUCCGAUGCGAACAAAUCAACAUCAGCGGCAAACUUCAGACCAACUUUUUUAAAUAUUUGUCCUUUUUACGAAAGCGCACCAACACCAACCCUCGUCGAGGUCCCAUUCACUACCGAUCGCCCGAAAAAAUAUUCUGGCGCGUGGUUCGUGGCAUGAUCCCAUAUAAGACGUAUCGCGGCCGAUGCGCGUUGCGCAGACUGCAGGCUUUCAGCGGCAUUCCGGCGCCCUACACGAAGUGCAAGCGCGUAGUUAUCCCUCAAGCUCUUCGAGUCCUUCGUCUGCGUCCAGAUCGCCGUUUCACCGUUCUCGGGCAGCUUUCUUCUAAGGUGGGGUGGAAGCGCGCCGGAGUCAUCAAGACAUUGGAAAAGAAGCGCAAAAUCAAAUCUCAAGCAUACUAUCAGCGCCUUCUGGAGCAUAGAAAGAUCGAGAAACAAGCCAGAGAAAACCUGGCGGCUACCCUAGAACCCGAGCUCAAGGUUUUAGAGCACUAUCACUUCACCCGUUAAAAGCCCCUAAAUAUAAAAAAAAACUCAGAUGACCCCUUGA